AUGGACCUGAUCGCAGUAUGCACUGUAUCUGGAAGCGUCUGGGUAGCGAGGUGGUAUAAUGCCCUGGAGAAAAUAUGGACUCUGACUCCCAGUUUGGACGACAAGGGAAAAGUUGAAACCUUGGCCUGGAGACCUGAUGGUAAAGUUAUCGCCAUUGGUUAUUCAAAUGGAAUAAUACGGCUUUACAACGUAGAUAAAUUAGAAAUGAUACACGAGUUGAUUCAAAAACCUAUCGAAUCGAAUAAUUCCUUACACUUAAUAUGCGCUGGAAUCAAUUGUCUUCACUGGGUGCACGAGACUUGCGCGAAUUCAGAUCACAUGAUUUUUGGGCAACAGGAGGCCAACAAUUUUCUUAGUGCACAUCCUAUUCAAAAAUACUUGCCUCGAUUGAAUACAUUGGCACGUGUCCAGCCGAUCAGUAAACUAUUAAGAAAUAUAAGUGAGACUGAUGGAGAUGAAAUGGAUGAUGAAACAACGAAUUCUAUUGAUCUGCUUUUAGCAGGUGAUGCGCACGGAAACUUACAUUUGAG